AUGAGAUGGAAACAGAAGAAGUCGGUCGGUGAAAUGAGAUGGAAACAGAAGAAGUUGGUCGGUGAAAUGAGAUGGAAACAGAAGAAGUCGGUCGGUAAAAUGAGAUGGAAACAGAAGAAGUCGGUCGGUAAAAUGAGAUGGAAACAGAAGAAGUCGGUCGGUGAAAUGAGAUGGAAACAGAAGAAGUUGGUCGGUGAAAUGAGAUGGAAACAGAAGAAGUCGGUCGGUAAAAUGAGAUGGAAACAGAAGAAGUCGGUCGGUAAAAUGAGAUGGAAACAGAAGAAGUCGGUCGGUGAAAUGAGAUGGAAACAGAAGAAGUCGGUCGGUGAAAUGAGAUGGAAACAGAAGAAGUUGGUCGGUAAAAUGAGAUGGAAACAGAAGAAGUCGGUCGGUAAAAUGAGAUGGAAACAGAAGAAGUCGGUCGGUAAAAUGAGAUGGAAACAGAAGAAGUUGGUCGGUAAAAUGAGAUGGAAACAGAAGAAGUUGGUCGGUAAAAUGAGAUGGAAACAGAAGAAGUCGGCCGGUAAAAUGAGAUGGAAACAGAAGAAGUUGGUCGGUAAAAUGAGAUGGAAACAGAAGAAGUUGGUCGGUAAAAUGAGAUGGAAACAGAAGAAGUUGGUCGGUAAAAUGAGAUGGAAACAGAAGAAGUUGGUCGGUAAAAUGAGAUGGAAACAGAAGAAGUUGGUCGGUGAAAUGAGAUGGAAACAGAAGAAGUUGGUCGGUGAAAUGAGAUGGAAACAGAAGAAGUUGGUCGGUGAAAUGAGAUGGAAACAGAAGAAGUUGGUCGGUAAAAUGAGAUGGAAACAGAAGAAGUUGGUCGGUAAAAUGAGAUGGAAACAGAAGAAGUUGGUCGGUGAAAUGAGAUGGAAACAGAAGAAGUUGGUCGGUAAAAUGAGAUGGAAACAGAAGAAGUUGGUCGGUAAAAUGAGAUGGAAACAGAAGAAGUUGGUCGGUGAAAUGAGAUGGAAACAGAAGAAGUUGGUCGGUGAAAUGAGAUGGAAACAGAAGAAGUUGGUCGGUGAAAUGAGAUGGAAACAGAAGAAGUUGGUCGGUGAAAUGAGAUGGAAACAGAAGAAGUUGGUCGGUAAAAUGAGAUGGAAACAGAAGAAGUUGGUCGGUGAAAUGAGAUGGAAACAGAAGAAGUUGGUCGGUAAAAUGAGAUGGAAACAGAAGAAGCCUCCACAUUGA